AGUGGUCGCGCCGACGCCGCGAGGACAGCACUAUUUAUAGGUGCUCCGGUAGGAUUUUUGAGCGUUGCCCCAGUGGAAACUCGGGCAGGUGCGGGUGAGGCAAGUGGCGUGGGCGGUUGCGUUGCGGCACGUGGCCCGAGCUCGAAGCGUGCGCAGCUGGGAGCAGCAGCGGAGCCGUUCGGAGCUGCUCCCGGAACAGGAUCCCGGGAGCGAGCCGAGGAGGGGCGGCUGCCGUCCGUAUGUCGGGCGGGCGCCGGCGCCGCCCCGUGCCGACGUCCCCGGAGCCGCGCCGCCCGGCCGGCCGCCGCCGGCGGCGACCCAGCUAAUAUGUCGACCGAUGGCGGGCCAGCUGUAGCAUGGCACUCCGCAGGCGGGCGCGCCGCCGCGACAAAACCUCCGGCGAAAAGUUCAAAGACUGCUGCCGCGGCUUUGUGGCAUUCGUCUUUAGCAACGUGGGCAUCAUCGCGCUGUUCCUGGGCUACGCCAUCAUAGGGGCCAUAGUGUUCAACAAAAUCGAGGGCGAGAGCGAGCGCGAGAAAAAGGACGACGUGGUGGAACUGCGCCGGAACACGGUGCGCGAACUGUGGGAGAUCACCUACACGUUCAACGUCAUGUUCGAGGGCAACUGGACCGAGAUGGUGGACGAGAAGAUCCUGCAGUUUCAGAACAGUAUCGUGAAGGCCGUGGGGGAGGGAUAUGACGGACGCGCCGAGGUGGCCUCCCAGUGGACCUUCUCGGGAGGCUUCCUCUACUCGCUGACCGUGAUGACCACAAUCGGUUACGGCAACAUCGCGCCUCGCACCAGCAUGGGCAAGAUCGUCACCAUUUUCUACACGUGCAUCGGGUUCCCGCUGUUCCUGCUCUACCUGUCCAACAUUGGCAGCGUGCUGGCGCAGAGCUUUAAGUGGCUGUACGCCAAGCUGUGCAAGUGUCGGCCGGCGCGGAUAGAGGUGCUGGGGCCGCCGGUGCCGGAGCCCGAGCCGCGGGACGAGGACGAGGAGGCGCCGCGAUGGCCCGACGAGCUCGGCUCGUACCGCAGCCAGCCGGCGGCGGCCAGCUCCGAGGAGGCCUCCUCGAGCGGCUCGAGCAGCUCCUCCGAGCUGGACCUCAGCACCGUCACCGUGCCCAUCUCCAUGUGUCUCAUCAUCAUGGCAGUGUACAUUUGCGGCGGCGCCAUGUUCUUCGCGCGGCUGGAGGAGAACUGGGACUUCCUCACCAGCUGCUACUUCUGCUUCAUCAGUCUGAGUACGAUCGGGUUCGGCGACUACGUGCCCGGCGACUCGAUCCGCUCCGAGACCGGCAGUGUCGAGACCGGCUUCGUGCUCACCUCCAUGUACCUGAUGCUCGGCAUGGCCAUCAUUGCCAUGUGCUUCAAUCUGAUGCAGGAGGAAGUGAUACAGAAGGUACGCUCGUGCGCGCGCUGUCUCGGCUGUUUGCGUGGCCAGGGCUGAGUGUCGUGUGCGCCAGUGCAGAGGGUGUGGUCGGGUGGCCGAGACAGGGGACGAUGAACGGUGAUCGGUGAGCGGUGGAAGGUUAACGCCACGGCGAGCGGUGAACGUUCCUCUCUAGAGAGAGAGAGAGAGCCGACCUCUGGACAGGAGAGCGACGGACCAGAGCCGAUUCGGCGGUAGCGGGCCGGAACCAGAGUGCGCCUCACAGCUCCCGACUAUCGCCACCAAUGACCGUGAUACCGACGUCCGUCAGAUGUCCACCGCCGGAUGCCCAUGGUAUGACGAGUCCCGGGCCCGGAUACCGAGCUUCCCAGACUCACCAAACGCUCGCCAGAACUCGGAUGGAGCCACCCCGGCCGCGGGUCUGUAUGUGUGUGUGCUGCGCGCGCGUGUGUGUGACAUACUUGGCCAGCGCGGUCGCUGAGACUCACUCAUCUCUGGUACCUCUCGCGUCACGGCACAUUUUUUAUCCGCGCCACUGACGCCGUCUACAGAUGGUGAAUGACCUAUCCGGGUCGUUGACAAUGAUUUGUUAGCU